CCUGUCUACCUCCUACAUUCGGUUUUCCCUUUAACUUUUAUCAAGUUUAUAUGAAUUAAACACAGUGCCUUUGUGUAGCUCUGGUCGCUUGAGUUUCUGGUUUUAUCCGCGCAUGUAACCGGCACAAUGUUCACCACUACCGGGUCCAGAGGGCUGUAUAAAGCUCCAGUGUCGAAAAGCCUGCUGCUGCUUCCCACUGCCUUCAGCGCGCUCCUGCUCGUGGCACUGCCUCAGUACCAGAAGCUCUUCGUUUACAGCUUGCAGGCCAUCACGCAGCACAGACAGUUGUGGAGGCUGCUGUGUGGGAGACUGAUCUGUCUGGAUGUAAAGGACAUGUUCUGCAGCAGUCUGCUCAUCUACAACUUUCGCAUAUUCGAGAGGCGGUUCGGCAGUCGCAAAUUUGCUUCCUUCCUGUUUGGGACCUGGGUUCUUUCUGGGUUUCUGGACUUCCUAUUGGCCGAGGCCGUCCAGUUCCUGUUUGACCUGCAGUUGGACUUGCUGCCAGCUGGCCUACUGGGUCCAGUCUUCGCUCUCUUUGUGCCUUUCUUCUGUUCCAUCCCUCGAGUUCAGGUCACUCAGCUACUGAGCUACGUCUCCAUCAGCAACAAGUCUCUCGUAUACCUCGUGGGUCUCCAGUUGCUGACAUCUAGCGCUUACAUGUGGAUUGUGGCUCUCAGCGGAUUGGUCUCAGGCAUGCUGUACUACAGUAACAUGUUGGCUCUCCAGCGGGUCCUGUACGUUCCUCAUUGGGUGUCAUGCUGCAGCUCUUAUCUCCUUGAGCCUGUGUUCUUAGGCACAGAGCCACGUGCUGAGGCUCCAGUGGGCAUGGGAGCAACGUUAGACAUCCAGCGACAGCAACGAAUGGACAUGCUGGACCAACAGCUGCUGCUCUCACAGCUGGCACAACUCAGAAGAAACGCGCAGCAGCCACCACCACAGCAGCAAGGCGGACUUCUCAACCGAUUCUUUCCGGGUUUGCGACACAGAGGUCAGAAUGUGAAUCACAUACAGCCGCACACAGUGGACGCACCAGUGGCUGAAGAACAGGUGGCGAGGCUGAUGGAGAUGGGUUUCUCCAGAGUGGAUGCUCAGGAAGCUCUCCGAGCAUCUAACAACGACAUUAACAUGGCCACCAACUUCCUGCUCCAGCACUGAGCUUGAGCACCACAGGGCAGAGCAGAGGGUGAAGAAGACUGACACGGAACUGCAGCGACUGGGGAAAAAAAUCCAAAAUAAAACAAACACCACGUGGAGACCACUUUGGCAGACUUGUGAAAAAGUGAAGUACUCUCUGGAGCUUGUGCUGUCACUUCCUCUCAACCUGCUCUGUAUUUGGGUGGCGAGGAGCCUCUGAAGCUGCUGACACCGUUUCCUGCCAACUUUAGCAAAAUAGAGCCAAGAUGGUUGCGCAAGGCGGUGCAGUGUUAUCUCAGGGCUCGCGUUCUCUGGCCUCGUCAUCCCUCUACAACCUCCACUGCACAUUCUUAAUAAUAAACGCACAUUGUGGCGAUGAUGAUGAUGAAAGACAUGUAUUUAGACAUAGUUGUGGAUUAAUUUGUUGUUUGAAUAGUUUUAUUCUCAUGGGACUUUACAGUUGGAGGAAUAAUCAAGCAAAAAAAAUUAGGCUGCACAAUUUUUUUGUGCAGAAGGCUAAUACUGUACAUGUAGAUAAGUAAGGGAAGUCAAAGUCACCCAAUCCAUUCUGUAAAUGCUUAUUUAGGAGACCGAAUGACUUGCAGGCAUCUACUACACUCCAGAAAAUACAGUAGUAGGUUUUAUCGAACUACAUGACAGUAGAAAGUAGAAAGCGCUAUCCACCCUUUUUUGCAUACACGAGGCUUCUGUCGCUCUGAUUAACGGCAAGAGUAUCUCUGCUAUUCAAAGCCUGUUUUGUUUUUGCUUUCUUUGUCAGCCAUAGUUGUUAAAGGCAGAUUGGAGCAUAAAAGCUGUAUGUUCUGUUCUUGUCCUUGUUAUACAGCCAUCUAGUAAAAGUAUUGCUGGGUGAACUAUGUUGUCCAAAGCACUUACUGAAGGUAUUGGAUAUAUAUAUUUUAAAAUGUAAUUAUGCAUGGGUAAGACAGACUUCCAUUAUCAUUUGCUACAUUAGCUUUUUAUAGCUCCAGCGCCAAAAAAAAGAAAGAAGAAGCCAUUGAAUAUGUUCUGCUAAAAGGGGAAAGUAUAUACAUUUUAAUUUUUACCAGACGACCUGGUACUGCAUUUGUAAAGAAUUCAAAAGACAAAAACCGAAACCUUUUGAAUUAAUUAUUUUAGCUAGAACUUGUUGUGCAUGCAACAUAACCAGCUUUUUAGUGUCACUGCUAAUAAUCAGCAGGAAGUUAUUUAUUAAUAAUUAAUAACAACUUCAAGUUAGAAUUGUAAAUUAUACGACUGUCAUUAAGGAAGUACUUUGGUGAGGACUAAAUUGUACACAAUUUUCCAUUUUUGCAAUUGCAGUCGAUUACCUUAGCCAUACGUGUAUUUGUUUUCUGAUUUUCGAGUCCUCCAGUUUUGCACUGGAGCUGCAAGCGUAACUGACGAAUCAUUAAAAGUUCAUCUCAUCCACAAUCUUUUCUGUAAACAUCUGCCUCACAUCACUUCCAGUUCUUUAGAAAUGUCAGCAAGACGUUAUCUUUUUUUUUUUCUAUGACAGAAUAUAAUUUUUAAACUCGUGGUCUCACUUUUUAACUUAAAUGAUGUAUUAUUCUGGAUGUUCUGUAGAUAAUAUACGCUGCCUGGCCAAAAAAAAAAAAGUUCAUAAGGGUCAAAUUAUUGCCUUUGCAUCAAGCAAAGUAAACAACUAAGGAGAUUUAAAAUGACUAGAACUGGGUUAAGACGGAACUUCAAUACAUUAUCAAAACCAGGAAGGAUUGUGCUGUACCAUCAACCAAAAAAAUCAUGAACUGAAAUUAAUUAAACACUUUUUGAAGUUGUGCAUGGUAAAAAAAAAAAUCAACAGCUAUGAUUAAUAGUGAAAGUAGGAGCAUUUCCAUCCUCACAAUCUAAUGAGAAAAUAAUGGAUUGUGACAAAACAGCUGUGUGGUCAUAAGAAAAACACUUCUUAGUAAGGCUGAUCAGUAAAAAGGAUUCAGUUUGUUAAAGAUUGGACUUUGGAGCAAUUGGAAAAAUGUUAAGAUCAAACUGACUUGAAUCCAGAUCAUUGAGUGCAUCAUGGUAAAAAAGGAAGCACAUGAAGCGAUGCACCCAUUAUGUAUAUUGCACACUGUACAAGUCUCUGGAGGUAGUGUUAUGAUCUGGGGUUGCUAGUUGGUCAGGUCUAGACUUUAGCAACGUUAAGCAGCAAUAAAACAAAGUCGGCUGAUGACCCGAAUGACCAUAGUAAUAAUUUUUACGCAUGAACUAGACACCAAAUUAUGUGUUAUAAACAAAGAUAAAGGUGAUUGAAGGAAAUCAUUUUCUAUUAUACUUUUUUUUUCUUUUUUGGCCAGGCAGUGUAGGUCUACUUUGAACUGUGGAUUUAAAGUUUAAUGCCUGCUCAGAUAUCUAAUCAUACAAAACAUUUUGGGUGAGAUACAUAAUGUCUUUUAUCUAGUUGAAGGUAAAUAAAUAAAAAAAAAUAGGAACUAAAGAAGAGAACCUCAGACAGCAAAUAUUUCUCAACUGAUCUACUACAUCGACUAUCCCUUUAAUUCCAGCUGUCCAAAAAGGCUGCCAUUGAAAAUGGCACUUGGUGAUAAAAAAAAUAGUGACUUGGUUGUGUUUCCUGUCUUAACAAGACGAUGUUGGAGAUGGUGCUGUUUAACAUUAAACACAAAUCAAAAUUUAUUAUUGUUUUAUUUAUUUUUAAUUACAAUAAUAUGGGAUUAUGACCAGUUGAAUUUUGUUUAACAGAAUUCAGCUGUGAAGUAUUAUUGUAUAGCCACUCUCAAUAUUUUCUGUAAAUUACUAUUUAAAAGAAAUAAUAAUAAAUACCAUUCUGACUCACUGGAUAAACAGAAAUUAUAAUUCACAGUAAUUCAGUGUUAUCUCUCUUUGAAAUCUACUUCUGGACAAGAUUUUCUAAUGUUAUUUAAUGUGAUGCGUGUUUGUGAUUCACAUUUGCAAUUCAUUUGUAUUAAAAAAAAAAUUAAUAAAGAUGUUUGAUCUUUCACC